AGAGUGUUUCAGGUUCUCGGAGCUGAAUGGAGAGGUGAAGCGGUCCGUGUGUGUGUGAUACAGAGUGUGUGUGUGUGUGUGUUUAUGUGUUCUUUGUCCGCUUUCGUUUUCCCUUCCUCCGUCGCUCUGUGAUUCCGGCUCACCGGCGCGCUGGGGGGAAACUCUGGCAAAGGAAGCCGCGCAGUUCACCGCUCGGACCCGCGGCGCGGCGCCAGCAGCAGCAUGCUCACCCGGGUCAAAACGGCCGUGGCCAGCUUCGUGGGCGGCAUCAUGGCCGGCGCUCCGGACGGAGAGCAGCUGAGCGGCGCGGAGCUGCCGCCCAAAUUCCCCUACAUGAGGCCGGCGUUCCUCGGACUGUCGCCGGACGAGAUCGAGUGCUCGGCGGAUCACAUCGCCCGGCCCAUCCUCAUCCUCAAAGAGACGAAGAGAUUACCAUGGGCUACGGGCUACGCAGAGGUGAUAAAUGCAGGGAAGAGUGCUCUGAAUGAGGACCAGGCGUGCUGUGAGGUUAUUGUGGUAAAGAAAAGGCCCGGAGGAUCGUCUACACCGAGCAAAACUCCCACAGCCAAAAGGAGGUCUUCACUGCCAAAUGGAGAGGGUCUGGGGCUCAGAGAGAAUUCAGAGUCUGAGGGGCUGGUCUUCCACUACUGGGCUCUGUUUGACGGACAUGCAGGAUCGGGCGCUGCAGUCAUGGCCUCCAGACUCCUCCAGCAGCACAUCAUAGAGCAGCUGCAGGACGUCCUCGACGUCUUGCGUAACCUGGCUUCGCUUCCCCCGACCGUGCUGGGAGAAGAACCCAACCACCAAGCCACCCCCGGAUCGAACCGUGCUCUGACCCGGGCAGCGUCCCUCCGCGGGGCUGCUGGCGCCCCAGGCUCACCCUGCACCCCUCAACCCCGCUUCUUCACUGAGAAGAAGAUCCAGCACGAGAGCCUGGUAAUCGGAGCGCUGGAGAACGCCUUCAAAGAGAUGGAUGCCCAGAUCGAGAGAGAGAAAGCUGUGUAUAGUAUCUCUGGUGGAUGCACCGCGCUUGUGGUGGCCUUCAUUCUCGGAAAGCUAUACGUGGCUAAUGCAGGGGACAGCAGAGCCAUCAUAAUCAGGAAUGGGGAGAUCAUUCCGGUGUCUUCAGAGUUCACUCCUGAGUCAGAGAGACAGAGACUGCAGUUCCUGGGUUACAUGCAUCCGCAUUUGUUAGGAGGAGAGUUCACACACCUGGAGUUCCCCAGGAGGGUCCAGAGGAAUGAAGUGGGCAAGAAGAUGCUGUACCGGGACUUCACCAUGACUGGCUGGGCAUAUAAAACCAUCGAGGACGAGGACCUGAGGUUCCCCUUAAUAUACGGUGAAGGAAAAAAGGCUCGAGUGAUGGCCACAAUAGGAGUGACUCGUGGCCUGGGUGACCACGACCUCAAAGUCCAUGAUUCCAAUAUCUACAUUAAACCAUUUCUGUCCUGCUGUCCAGAGGUGAAAGUGUAUAAUCUGACGCAGUACGAGCACGGGGCGGAUGACGUGUUGGUGAUGGGCACUGACGGCUUGUGGGACGUUCUCUCUAAUGAAGAAGUGGCUGAGUCUGUCACCUCUUUCCUCGCCAACUGUGACCCAGAUGACCUCCACAGGUACACCAUGGCAGCCCAGGAUUUGGUGAUGCGUGCUAGGGGUGUUCUCAGGGACCGAGGCUGGCGUAUCACCAACGAUCGUCUGGGUUCUGGAGACGACAUCUCCGUCUACAUCAUCCCCCUUAUGUAUGGUAAUCGUCAGCAGUAGAGCAGGGCUGCUCCUCUGGUGAGCCCUACGAUCUUUCUCACACUCUCUCCUAUAGCACAGCCCCAAAAGCACUACCUGUCCUGUUGUGUUCCUCUCAGUGCAGUGCAGUAAGGGAUAAAGUCUCCACUCCCUGUGAUGUACAGUGUACAGUGUUCUUUAUACUGGCAUGAGAAAAAAAAAAAAAACAUUUGUAUGUACAAGAGACCCUUCUCAGACUGAGCUCUGUCACUUUCUACUUUGCCACUGCAUGAACAUGUACUUAUUUUUUAUGUCUUUACGUCUGAUUUCCUUUGUUACAUGAAGACCGGUGUACAGCAUUCUUUGCUAAAUGAAGGCAAAUCUUAUUUAUUGUCCAGUCUGCCCCAGUCACUAUUUUCAGGUUGCUUUUUUUCUGUUCUUGUGUUGUUAUGCAGUAGGAAUUAAGGAUGUAUGAGCAAAGUGCAAUGAUGUCCAAAUCUGGAAAUGUUUCUAAUUAUCGUUAAUCUCACUUGUUUUUUUUCCAUGUCCCAAGCUGGUCACUACACUUAGUGUAUUUUUUAGAUGAAUAUUCUAAAGAUUUUAUUGAUUGUAUGUCAUAGAAAUAGAUCAGUAGGUCAAGUUGAAUUUGUACUGUAGUAUAUUCACUGUCAGGUAGGGAACCAUCUCGCUCACCCAAAGGUUUGGGCACCUCAGUCUAAUCACGUCUUGUUGAUUUCUGUGUGAAAACAAGUUAACAUAUCCUAUCCACAGAACGAACUUUUAGAGGACAAUUACUGUUUACUUGCUUAACUUAAUAUAACGUGGCAUGGACAAAAGUACAUAAGUUGAGUUCAGCAAAUAAAUGGAAAUUGUGCUCCAAAAUAUUUAAGAUUCUGUAGAGGACAUGUUAACUUCAAAAAAACAUGGGGGUGUUCAGACUUUUUAAAAGAUAUUAUGGGUCUCUUUUAAUGAUUCUGUCAUCAUGACACUUUAUUGUUUAUUGUCAGUCUAAGCAGAAAAUACCAGAUAAUCAACUAAAGGGGAAUUCCACUGAUUUUUCAAAAUUUCUGCAUAAUUAAGAGGUUGACAUGUAAACAUUUGAAGUCAUUCAUUGUAGUUUGAUGUGAAAUGGUUUGUACUAGAGAAACCUACCAAUUUUCUGGUGAUUUUCUUUACAGUGGUGGUCUUAGGAACCAGGGGUCAAAAAUUCACCCCAAAUGACCUAAAUAUAUAAGAUAUAUA